AUGGAUGAUGUAAUCUCUCAAUUUUGCUCUGUUACUUGUGCAAGUUUGGAAGAAGCAAAAUGUUAUUUAGAUUUGUCAUCUAUGAAUCUUGAACAAGCAAUUAUUUUGUAUUUUGAAUUGAAAAAUGCAGAGGAAAAGUUAGAAGUGCCUAUGAAAUCGGAUGAUUUUGAAGAUAAUGCUAUACACGGUCGGAUUAGAAAAAAUACAGAAAAGUCUUUAUUUCAGUCUCAGAAUGAUUUGAAAAGUAGUGAUAUUAAUGGUUCUAUUUCAGAGGCUCGGAAUUAUUUCGAAGGAUCGAAUAUGUCUGAAUCUAUAUUGAAAUAUACACAAUUUUAUUCAAAUAAAGCAAAAAAAAGCGUUUUUGAUCAAUCUUUUUCGUCUCUUUGGGAAGAUACCGAUUCUUUUGCAACACCUGAAGAGCGUUCAAAGAAAAGUCGACUAGCAUAUCUCUUUAGGCCUCCAUUUGAUAUUAUGAAAAAUAUAGACUUAGAGACUGCUCAAGAACAAGCCAAAGAUGAUAUGUUGUGGGUAAUGGUAAAUUUGCAAGAUAAUACGGAUUUUUCAUGUCAAAAACUAAAUAGAGAUUUAUGGAAAGAUCAAAGGGUAAAAGAUAUUGUUCUUGGAAAUUUUAUUUUUUUACAAUAUACCGCGGUUUCACCAGAUGGUAUAUUGUACCAACAGUUUUAUCCUAUAAAAGAAUAUCCUCACAUUGCUAUUAUUGAUCCAAGAACCGGUGAGAGGGUGAAAGUGUUGAGUAAUUCUGCAAUGGAACCAGAUAGUUUUCUUAUGGAAUUACAUGAUUUUCUUGAAAAAUAUUCUUUAGAUUCGAAUUUUAAGAAUCCUGUUAUUCAAAAAUCUACAAUAAGAAGGAUAGAAGAUAUGACAGAGGUUGAGCAAGUUGAUGCUGCAUUAAUUGAAUCAAUAAAAGAAAGAAAAAGUAAUAGUGAUAAAAAGAUUUCUUGUGGAAAAGAAGUUAUUUUAAUUCCAGAUGAUGAUAUAGAUAUUAAUUAUGAUGGUUAUCUUCUUUAUUUUAUUAUUUUGAAUCUAAUUUUGCAAGAUACUCAAAGUUCACCAUCUUUGUUCAAAAACAUUCCUGCAAUAGCCCCUCCUGAACCAGUUAUAGCAUCUUUUGCUACUACUUAUAUUCAGUUUCGAUUCCCAGAUGGAUCAAAAAAAGUUCGAUUAUUUAAUUUAUCAGAUAAGAUUUCUCGGUUAUUUGAAUAUAUUAAGUCAGAAUUACCAUUAAAUACUAGAAAGUUUGAACUUAUGUUUAAUCGAGUAAAACUCAUUAAUGAGCUUAAUCAAACUCUUAAUGAUUUAAAACUCAAAAAUGUCAAUAUUACUGUUGAAUUUGCAUAA